GGACUGGCUCUGGGGGGGCUGGCUCAAAGACAUCGAGCAGACAUAAGCCUCCCCAACACCAAUGAGCUCCCCCUCCCACACCCCUAAUCCUUCCCCCUCCCAGUCCCCCUCUCAAUCCCGAUCCAACCACAUCAACCAGCAGCCCUACGCCAGCGCCGGUGGCUCAGCCCCUUCCCCGUCCUCCACCCGGGGGUCUUCCUCCCGUCUCCCCUCUCACCCUGCCACCCCAAAUGCCUCACAGCCCUCUUCCCGGUCUUCCUCCCUGAACCCUAGCCCUCAUGUCCAGCCUCGAGGGUCUGCCCAAAACAUCACUCCACCCGCCUCCAAAUCUCCCUCCCAAUCUGGCUUAAAAUCUCUCUCUCGAAACUCUUCCCAAACUCCCCCUGUGCCCAGCGCUCUGUCUCCAUCCUACAGCCCUGCACCCUCGGCCUCCUACAUCGGGCCCAUUCGGCGCAUCCCGCCCUACAUCGCCCCCUACGUGCCCCACUUCCUGAAGGAGCCCCCCUUCUUCCAGCCUCCCACCUCACCACUCCCCCAAAACCAGUGCUUCCCCUGCCCUUCCGAGAACCAAGAGAGCGCCCCCUCUGAGUCUCUCUACUUCCCUCUCCUCCCACCCCCUCCCCACCACCCGGUCCACUGCUGCUACCCGACCCCUCCCGCUCUGUUCACACCCCCCUCCUCUCUCACGUACACCCCGCCCUUGGAGGUCCUGGUGGGCGGGAAGCCGCACGUGGUCCCGACGGUGCUGCCCGCCACCUUCUACACCCCCUUUUCCCGCUACUACGUCCAGCCCCGCCCCUACCGGUCCACACGCCGCCACCGUCCCAGCGCCCUUCCCCUCUCCUCAUUCCCCAACGGGCCGUAAGACGGCACCGGCCCCUCUGUCCACUUCUAUCGUGGGUCCUAGGCCUCAGACCUAUUUUGGACCAGAAGCCUCUGCCAGCAAAUUCAAGCUACUCCAUCCAGACUUCAUCAGCUACCUGACAGAGAGGUUUCUGAAAUCCAAGUGGAUUAACACAAAAUUCAGAGACCUAUACAUGCCUAGUACUGGAGCCC